AGGGCUCGAGGCAGCGCACCGCCGACCCAGCGCGCGGCCCGGGCGCGCGGCCCGAGCGGCGCAACGCGCGCGCGCGCCAUGCGCCCCAGCUUCCCGGCCGUUGGCCGCCGUUGGCCGCAUGGUGGCACCUCGCGUCCCGCUUCGCCGAGCCGGGUUGGGCCUGGCUGCGAAGAUGGCGUGCGCAGGGGCGGCUGGCAUCGCGGCGGCGACGCUCGGCCUGGACGGCCAGCGGCUGUACCGCCUGCACGCGGGCGCUGCUCUGCAGGCUCUGCCGGGGCUGCUGUCGCGGUGCGUUGGCGAGCCCGAGCCGCGCGGCCCGGAGGAGCCCGCAGCGUCGCCACACGGGAAGGCGCCGGGGGUGGCGCAGCCCGGGGAGGCGCCUGGGACGGCGCAGCCCGGGAAGGUGGGGCACGAGGUCACGCACUCUGACAUCCUGAACCGGAAAGGCUUCUGGUGGGCCAUGGGCGGGGUUAUCUCGGGGGCGCUUCUCGGUCGUGCGCAUGGAGCUGGGCGCACGUCAGGCUCAAGGCCACCCUCCCGUCAAGGGCCCCGCCUCACCAGAGGCAUCGCCGAGCGAGGCGGAAAAGGAGGAGGAGAGCACCAAGAGGGUGGAAACGGUAUGGAAAUUGCUUAACUUGCUCUACUGCGUGGUUUCACUGAAUGCGGCGAUGCUGUUGUGGGGCAUCUCGCAGGAGUACGUGAUGACCAACGACUACAGCACCAAGCCGGGCGUCGUGUCGAAGAUUCCGAGCUCGCUUUUCGUAGUUCUGUGCAAUCGCAUUGCCUCGGCGCUGUUUACGGGGUGGGUCGUGAGGGUCCACGGUCAGGGUCUCUGGGUGCCUGGCCACAUGCUGGCUGCUAAGGCCGCCGUGUCCAAUGGCGUCUCGUCUUGGUCACAGUACAAGAGCCUGGACUACAUCUCUUUUACGCUCCAGACUACCACGAAGUCCGCCAAGAUGCUGCCGGUGCUUCUCAUGAGCUCGUGGAGGGGCAAGAGCCACACGCCAGUCGACUACGCCGAAACGCUCGUCAUCGUCUGCGCCCUCGUGGUCUUCGGCCUCGAGACGGAUGGACGUGAGGGUGGGGGCUCGACCGUGUGGAUCGGGAUCUUGCUCCUCUGCGUUUUGCUGUUUUUCGAUUCUUGUACCCCACACCUGCAGGACGAGCUGUUCGCAACACAUCCUGAGGUGACGGCUGUGCAGGCCACGUUCGCGAUGUCCUCGGUCGCUGCUGUGGGGAUGUUUGUUAUCUUGGUGCUUAGUGGCACCAUCUUCGAAUGCCUACGAUUCAUUUCUGAACACCCUGACGUCAUGCUGCACCUGUUCGUUCUCUCCCUCGCUUCGACACUCACCCAGUAUUUCAUUUCUUACACGGUCAAGAAUUUUGGUCCGACCGUGUUCACGCUGAUAGCCUCGACGAGGCAGGUGAUCGCAGUGUGCAUCUCUGCGGCGCUGUUCCGACACGAGAUCUCUCCCCUUGCGUCCGUGGCCGUCGCGCUCACCUUCAGCAUGGUGAUAGUCCGGGCGUUAAGGUCCUUUCUUAUGACCAAGCUGGAAAAGGCUGGGCGCUCGAGGCUGCGUUUGUUGCGAUUCGCUCCGCUCCUGCUGUGCGCCAUAGCCAUACACGUGCUGCACUUCUCCUACGGCGUGGCGCAGGAGUUCCUGAGCGUGCACAGCUUCGGCGGCCAGCUGUUCAGCUUUCCGCAGGCCAAGGUGUCGGUGAACCACUGCACGGCCGCACUCGUCAGCUUUGCCAGCCUGCGUGCGCGCGGGCUGCCCGUCAUUGGGGAGGGGAAGUCGAUGCGGUGGACGCUGCUGGCAGGCGCUGCCAUCCUGGGCGCCACCACCUGCCAGCACAUGGCCCUGAGCUUUAUAUCCUUCGAGACCCAGACCCUCAUGAAGACCCUGAAGGUCGUCCCUGUCAUGCUCGUCGGCGUGCUGCUCGGGAACCGCCGCUACAGCGCCAUCGACUACAUCGAGGGCGCGCUGAUCACGGCGCUCGCGGUGUUCUUCGUGUCGGACUCGGACUCGGAGGUGGACAGCCACAUCGGGGGCGAGAGGAGCAUCGUGCUGGGCAUCCUGUUGAUGCUCGGCUACGUGGGGCUCGACUCCUUCACGAGCAACCUGCAGGACUACAUCUACCAGAAAUUCUCGAUGGACCCUGCUCAGGUGCUUUUCGGAAUGGAGGCAGUCUCGGCCACGGGAGCGAUCCUGUCCUUCCUGGUGCUCGGGCGCCCCGGCGCCGCCCUGGCGUUCCUGUGCCGGCGCCACCAGGUCAUACUCCACCUGUCCUUCUUGGCCCUCUCGGCGGCCUUCGGGGCGUACGCGUGCGCCAUCACGGUGCGACUGUUCGGCCCUGCGGUGUUCACCCUGCUAAUGGUGUCGAGGCAGUCGCUGAGCCAGGUGGUGUCCGUCUGGUUCUUCCACCACCCUGCGAGCUCCGUGCAUAUGCUUUGUCUUGUGGCCGUCGCCAUGGUGAUGCUGACCUCCUCGCUGCGGCGCGUCAGUACCCAGCUGGCCAUCGGCUCGCCGCCGAGCUCGCCGAAGUCCGCGGGCUCGCCGUGAGGCCGACGCGCGCCUGCACCAACGUGCGCGGGCGCGACGGGGGCGGCGGCGCGGCCGCGUGAGCGAUCGCGCCGCUGCUGUAUCAGCUCCGGAUGAAAGAACCACGGGCCGUCUCGUGCGUCUGCUUCUGCGCUCGGCACGGUGGCACCAGGAAGCUAGCUGGCAUGCGUUGCACGUGCUCCUCUCGUGCAUGUGGCCUGUUUGCUGUAGCCCAUGCCCGCGAACUGGUCCUUCCCGCUCCUCUUCCUGUUUGUUACUCCGUGCCGCAUAGUGGCGCCCCUGCUCCAACUUGCCAGGCUCUCAUUGGCCCCCUCUUGGAAAGUCCGCUGUCUGCACGUCUGCACUUAGCGUCCGAAUGUCAAGCGUCGAAG